GCUCACCGGCGAGGUUGGGGGCCCAAAGGGCCCGGAGCCGACGCGGUACGGGGAUUGGGAGCGCGGUGGGCGGUGCUCGGAUUUCUAAUUGCGUAACUAAGAUCGAAGCGGAAGAGAAAAACGAGCGUUUAUAGCAUCAUCUUUGUCACUCUCGGCUCGCGCGGAAGCCCUGCCGUGCAACGAGGUCGUACAGAUGGUCGUGCCGUGCGUGCCGUACCUCACCGACCGGGCGGCGGUGCCAUUUGGGCCGUGCUGCAACGAGGUGGUGGCGCUGAACCGGACGGCGUCCACCCGGCAAGACCGCGUCACCAUAUGUCGUUGCCUCGAGGGCGCGGCCCCCCGCUUCCCCCGAGCUGACUUCAAGCGCGCCGCCGCCCUCCCGCGGUUGUGCGGCGUGGUGCUGCACAACAUCACCAUCUCCCCAAACUUAGAUUGCAGCAGGUGGGUCAUCAGAUGGACGCUUGCCGUAACACCAUAAUCGACCAUCAGUCAGAUUUGUGGGAACGACGGAUCGUGACAAUGGAGCAGGAGUUUGAUAGUUAGAGCUCGAGGAUGUAAUCGUGACCGAUGUUUCGGUGUCAGUAGUUUAGUGCUUACUGUGCGUGCACAGUAAUAGCCUGCAUUUUCAAGUUUUCCCUUCCAAUUUUUACCGUCAGAAUUGGCGCGCUGGCUGUCCUGGAAUGUUUCUUUUCUUUUCUCUCUGUAUUCCCAAUUUUUUAUCAUCCUAUAUAGCACAAGAAGAUUAAUUUGGAAUAAAUCUUAUGUGGUGCAACUGUUACAAUAA